AUGAGGCGCGCGGCGAGCACGUCGAUGCACAACCUGCAGGAGCUGGUCAAUCCAGGUCCUGGGGGCACGAUGCUGGAUCGCAUCGCCCAGCUCGAAGCCGAAGAGGCCCGCGGCACCAGCGUCGACCAGUCCGAGCGGGUGGUCAUCGUGUGCAAUUCCCUCCCGCUGAAGAUGAGGCACGACCCCGAGGGCAGCGAGGAGCGCGGGCACAGCUGGCACUUCGAGAUGGACCCGGACUCCAUCUACGCCCAGACAUCUGUGGGCAUCCUGGAGAAGACCUCCGCGGAGAAGGUCCUCUGGAUCGGAGGGCUCGGAUCCGAGGUUGAGCUCUUCGAGCAAGACGCCGUCGCCGAAGAUCUUCGCGACAGAUUCUCGUGCGUCCCGGUGUUCCUCGGAGCCGAGCUCAAGGACAAGCACUACAAGGGCUUCUGCAAGGGCUUCCUGUGGCCGCUCAUGCACUACGUCCUGCCGAUGUCCCCGCAGUCCGCGGGACGGUACAACAAGGUCAACUGGCAGGGAUACCUGGCAGCUAACAAGCGCUUCGCGGAUAAGGUGGUCGAGCACCUGAGCCCCGACUACGAUUUCGUGUGGGUGCACGACUACCACCUGAUGCUCCUGCCCACCUUUUUGCGCAAGCGAUACAACACCGUGCGGUGCGGGUACUUCCUUCACUGCCCGUUCCCGUCCUCCGAGAUUUUCAAGACGUUUCCCAACCGAGACUUGGUCCUCCGAGGGUUGCUCAACGCCGACGUGGUGGGGUUCCACACUUUCGACUACGCCAGGCACUUCCUCUCGUGCACCACGCGCCUGCUGGGCCUGAACCACAAGACAGAGCGCGGUGCCCUCGCGAUCGACUACUACGGCAGGAGCGUUUCCGUCAAGAUAUGCCCCACGGGCGUCGACGUCGCCAGGCUUCAGGAGGGGAUCAUGUGGCCGGAUAGCGUCCAGCGGCGACAAGCCUACCGGGCGCAGUUCGAGGGCCGCAAGGUGUUCCUCGGCGUCGACGACUUCGACGUUUUCAAGGGCAUCGAGUUGAAACUCCAGGCGUUCGAGUUAUUGCUGAGUCAGCACCCGGAGCUGGCGGACAAGAUCGUCAUGGUGCAGGUGUGCAACCCGGCGAGGGGCGACAGCCGCGAGCUGCAGGAGGUGCAGCAGGAGGUCUUCGACAUCGUCGAGCGCCUCAACGCCACGUACGGCAGCAUCGACGGCCGCUCGUCCAAGACCAGCGACGGCGAGUCCGGCAAGGUCGUCGAGCUGAUCAACCGCGGGACGACUUUGGCCGAGAGGAUCGCGCUUCUCUCGGUGGCGGACUGCGCCGUGGUCACCGCCACCCGCGACGGCAUGAACCUCCUCCCGUACGAGUACAUCACCUGCCGCCAGGGUCCCGUCAGCGUCGACGCCGGCACCGCGGACGGCUACCCUCUGCCCCGGCAGUCCUCGCUGAUCAUGUCCGAGUUUGUCGGAUGCUCGAGCUCACUCUCUGGAGCUUUCCGGGUGAACCCCUGGAACACCGACGACGUCGCGGAUGCGAUGUACAGAGCCGCGCUGCUGUCCGGCGGCGAGGCUGAGGCGAGGCACGAGCGCCACUGGAAGUACAUACACGAGCACACCGUCGGGUACUGGGCCGCGUCCAACAUCAACGAGCUCAAGAGGCUCACGGACGGCAACGGGAACGCGCGGUGCUACGGACUCGGAUUCGGCUUGAACUUUCGGGUCGUCGCGAUGGACCCGGAUUUCCGAGCCAUGGACACGGUGGCGUGCGCGGCGGACUACGGCAAGGCCAAGAAGCGAGUCUUACUCAUCGACUACGACGGCACGCUGGUGCAGGCUGCCUCCUACGACGUCUCACCCGAUGCCGAGCUCCUGAGUCAUCUCACCGCCCUGGCGGCUGACCCACGGAACGCCGCGGUGUGCGUCGUGUCCGGCCGCGAGCGAAAGCAGCUCGAUAACUGGUUCCGCAACGUCCCCGGCAUCGCGCUGUUAGCCGAGCACGGCUUCUGGUACAAGCCCCCUGACUGGAGCGGGUCCGGCUCCAAGGACUGGCAGAUGCUCGUGCCCGCGGGCACCGAGGAGACGAUCAAGCGUUGGCGCGAAAUCGUCGAGCCGAUUCUGGAUCAGUACCACGACGCCACCGACGGAUCGCUCAUCCGGGACAAGGGCACGAGCAUGAUCUGGGACUACCGCGACGCGGAUCCUGACUUUGGCCAGUGGCAGGCCAAGGAGCUCAUGGACCACCUGGAGUCGGUGCUCGUCAACGAGCAGGUGGAUGUCUUCCCCGGUCACAACCACGUGGAGAUCAAGGCUCACGGGGUUUCCAAGGCGACCCCGGUGGAGAUGUUCCUCGGCGAAAAUUGGGAGAUUCACCUCAGGCCGGAGAGCGAGGGCGGCACCCCGGGCAAGGUUGAUUUCGUCAUGGCCAUCGGUGACGACAGGUCGGAUGAGGAGAUGUUCAUGGCGGUUGACGCGCUGGUGCUCAACCCGGAGGGUGCGGUGGUUCAGAAGAUGUCGUGCCCGAUGCCCGGGAAGGAGAAGAGCAAGGGUCACGAGCACCUGAGCGUGUACUGCGUGACGGUGGGGCAGAAGCCGAGCAAGGCGGACUUUUACCUGGACGAUUCCGACGACGUCGUGCAGCUGGUGAGAAACUUCACGGCGACUGGGCAGUCGCAGAGCCCGUCGACGUGA